AUGGCUGAGGCGUCCCGGUGGCACCUAGUCGGAACUCCAAAACAUAAGCUGCAUUACAGAAAGGAAGUAGAAAUGAGAACCACACUUCAGGAGGUCUUACUCUACCUUAUUUUUUUAAUAAACUUAUGUAUAUUGACUUUUGGGAUGGUAAACCCACAUAUGUAUUACUUAAACAAAGUUAUGUCAUCUCUAUUUUUGGACACGUCUGUGCAUGGUGAAGAAAGAAUCAACUUUAAGUCUAUUCGCAGCAUAACUGACUUUUGGAAGUUUAUGGAAGGACCCCUUUUGGAAGGCCUGUACUGGGACUCAUGGUACAAUAACAAGAGUUUGUAUGACUUAAAGAACAGCAGUCGCAUCUACUAUGAGAACAUACUUUUAGGAGUCCCCAGAGUCCGUCAACUAAAAGUCCGCAACAACACGUGCAAGGUCCAUUCAUCCUUUCAGUCCUUGAUGAAUGAAUGUUAUGACAAAUACACUUCUGAAAAUGAAGAUCUGUCUGAUUUUGGCCUUAAAUAUGAUACUGAAUGGAAGUACUCUGCUCCUAUUAUCAACUCCCCUUGGCAUUGGGGAUUUACUGGUGUUUACCGAAAUGGGGGAUAUAUUUUCACUUUAUCAAAAUCAAAAUCUGAAACCCUAAACAAGUUCAUUAAUCUUCGAAUGAACAGCUGGAUCACAAGAAGCACUAGAGUUAUUUUUAUUGAUUUUUCAUUAUACAAUGCUAAUGUAAAUCUGUUUUGCAUCAUCAGAUUGGUGGCAGAAUUCCCUGCAACUGGAGGAAUACUUACUUCAUGGCAGUUUUACUCUGUGAAGCUCCUUAGAUAUGUUAGCUACUAUGAUUAUUUUAUUGCUUCCUGUGAAAUCACAUUUUGUAUUUUUCUUAUUGUCUUCACAACACAAGAAGUCCUAAAAAUAAAAGAAUUUAAAUCUGCCUAUUUCAAAAGUAGUUGGAACUGGCUAGAAUUACUACUUUUGGUGUUGUGUUUUGUGGCCGUUUUCUUCAACUCAUACUGUAAUAUACAAACUUCUCUCUUGCUUGGACAACUGUUAAAAAGUACUGAAAAAUAUUCAGACUUCUAUUUUCUUGCACACUGGCACAUUUAUUACAACAAUAUAAUUGCCAUAACCAUCUUCUUUGCAUGGAUAAAGAUAUUCAAAUUCAUAAGCUUUAAUAAGACAAUGUCUCAGCUGUCAUCAACCUUGUCCUGUUGUAUCAAUGACAUAGUAGGAUUUGCCAUCAUGUUUUUUAUAAUAUUCUUUGCUUACGCUCAGUUAGGAUUUCUUGUUUUUGGAUCACAAGUUGACGACUUUUCCACUUUUCAAAAUUCCAUAUUCACACAAUUUCGUAUUGUUCUUGGAGAUUUUAAUUUUGCUGGAAUUCAGCAAGCCAGUCGUAUCUUGGGACCCAUUUACUUCAUCACUUUCAUCUUUUUCGUGUUCUUUGUCCUGCUGAACAUGUUCUUGGCAAUAAUUAAUGAUACCUAUUCUGAAGUGAAAGCUGACUAUUCAAUAGGCAGAAGGCCAGAUUUUGAACUUGGUAAAAUGAUUAAAAAGAGUUACCACAAUGCUCUCGAAAAACUCAAACUAAAGAAACCUGAAACAGAUGAAGACAAGAAAAGUAGGAAAAGCAGAGAUUUGGCUGAACAAGCCAGAAGAGAAGGCUUUGAUGAAAAAGAGAUUCAAAGUGCAGAGCAGAUGAAAAAAUGGAAAGAGAGGCUUGAGAAAAAGUAUUAUUCUACAGAAAUUCAAGAUGACUACCAGCCUGUCACUCAACAAGAAUUUCGAGACCUCUUUUUAUAUGCUGUGGAGCUGGAGAAAGAAUUACACUACGUCAGUUUAAAACUAAACCGAGUGAUGAGAAAGGUUUCAGCUCUACAAUAUUGAGGCAAGUGGAGGUGAGAAUCUGUGAUACAAUCAUGG